AUGGGUGAAGUGGGCACUGACCAGAUGUUACCAAUUAACCGCGGAGAGUUGGAUCUAACGUCACGCGAAUUAAUUUCCCUAGGAAAAGAGUUGGGGGGAGACAGUAAGUGGAGAUUCUUAGCGUUGCCGAAUGAUGAAUAUAUCAUCAAGCCCAAACCCAUUCCCAAAUUACGCGGUAUUCACCACUCCUCUUCCAUUAACAGUUGUACCUCCAUGCCGUCCAUGUCAAUUGAUCAAUCACAUCCCCUCUAUGAACUAAUAAACAAUUCUCAUGCUGCAAUUGCUAAGAGUCCACAUUGGUUAAAGAAGGUGCAUAAGAUUUUGUUAGUUCUAUGCAGUAACUGUAAUUGCAACGGGUUCAUGAGUAAGAUUCACGCGAAUGACCCGCAGUUUCACGAAAUUUCAUCUCGAGUUUCGCCCCUAAAAUAUAUCACUUUGCAGGAUGUCUUAGAAAAACUAGUCAACUAUGGCUAUGAAUCCACAUCUGAAGCAUUGUGUGACAUUUACUGCGUGCUAAUUUGUGCCUUUAGGCUCGUGGACCCUGGGAGCGAAGAAUGGCUAAAAAUACAUAGAAUCUCGACGCUUCUAUCAAAUUUGGUCGUUUCAGAAAAUUUGAAAGAUAAUUACAUGCUUAAUAGUGAUAAUCAACGCAAUAAUUGCCAUAGACAUGCAAACUUUCAUGGUUAUGCAAAACGAACUCAAGGUAGCGAUAUGGGAAAGAAUUGUGAAAAUAAACACAUUUAUCAAGAGGAUUUUGGGAAAUCCCAAUCGGAGCUCGAAUUUGAGCAAGAACUUUUGCGUAUUGCAGCGAAUAAAAAAACAGCUUUCGAAUUUAUACCUUCACCCCCCACGCCCUCACCCAAUGUCCCUCCAAUUACCUAUGAGGAAAGGCUUGAAUUCCAGGAACUAUUAUCUACACUACCUGAAGAAUGUCAUUUGGAUCUAUUUACCACAUUUGAGAACACUGCCACGUGGAAGAACGUGGGUGAUGAGAUAGAGUUGGAUGACCAUGCCACAGAUCCGUUAGUGUUUAGGUCAUUAAUCCAAUGGGCUAGGGAUCGACAACUCAAGAUGUAA